CCACAGAUGACCUAGCACCCCUGCCAGGGGCUAAAUCUGGGAUCUGGCUUCUGUAUGUCCUGGCCCUGUCACUCGACCUCCGGAGCCUGGUGGGGAGGCCCCUUCCGUUCCUGACCUGCAGGGACCCGCCACCAUGUCCCACAGGAAGUUCUCUGCCCCUCGGCAUGGACACCUGGGCUUCCUGCCCCACAAGAGGAGCCGCCGGCACCGGGGCAAGGUGAAGACGUGGCCUCGGGAUGACCCCAGCCAGCCUGUGCAUCUCACAGCUUUCCUGGGCUACAAGGCUGGCAUGACACAUACUCUGAGAGAGGUGCACCGGCCGGGUCUCAAGAUUUCCAAGAGGGAGGAGGUAGAGGCGGUGACGAUCGUGGAGACACCGCCUCUGGUGGUAGUGGGCGUCGUGGGCUACGUGGCCACCCCUCGAGGCUUGCGGAGCUUCAAGACCAUCUUUGCAGAACAUCUCAGUGACGAAUGCCGCCGCCGCUUCUACAAGGACUGGCACAAGAGCAAAAAGAAGGCCUUCACCAAAGCCUGCAAGAGGUGGCGUGACGCUGACGGCAAACAGCAGCUCCAGAAAGACUUUGCUGCCAUGAAGAAAUACUGCAAGGUCAUCCGGGUCAUCGUCCACACCCAGAUGAAGCUACUGCCCUUCCGGCAGAAGAAGGCCCACAUCAUGGAGAUCCAGUUGAACGGUGGCACGGUGGCCGAGAAGGUGGCCUGGGCCCAGGCCCGGCUGGAGAAGCAGGUGCCGGUGUAUAGUGUGUUCAGCCAGAGUGAGGUCAUCGAUGUCAUUGCUGUCACCAAGGGCCGGGGAGUCAAAGGGGUCACAAGCCGCUGGCAUACCAAGAAGCUGCCUAGGAAGACCCACAAGGGGCUGCGCAAGGUGGCCUGCAUCGGCGCCUGGCACCCUGCCCGUGUGGGCUGCUCCAUCGCUCGGGCUGGGCAGAAGGGUUAUCACCACCGCACGGAGCUCAACAAGAAGAUCUACCGCAUUGGCCGGGGGCUGCACAUGAAGGAUGGGAAAGUGGUCAAGAGCAAUGCGUCCACCAGCUACGAUGUGACCGAGAAGUCCAUCACGCCACUGGGCGGCUUCCCCCACUAUGGGGAAGUCAACAACGACUUCGUUAUGCUGAAGGGGUGCAUCGCCGGCACCAAGAAGCGGGUCAUCACGUUGAGGAAGUCCCUCCUGGUGCACCACAGCCGCAGGGCCCUGGAGAAUAUCGAACUCAAGUUCAUUGACACCACCUCCAAGUUCGGCCAUGGCCGUUUCCAGACAGCCCAAGAGAAGAGGGUCUUCAUGGGUCCCCAGAAGAAGCAUCUCGAGCAGGACAAACCGGCGACCUCGGGAGACUUGUCGGCUCCACGGGACGGGGAAGCCUGAGAGGAGGCGGCGCGAUCCCCGCCCACAGCCCCUAAUAAAGGCCGCGGCCGCUCUGCCCGCCCCGUGUCGGAGUUGGGGGCACGGCCGGACGGCCCACCGCCGGACGCCGGGGCUCAGCACGCGGGACCGGGCGGGGGAAGGGCCUCGGGUCGCGGCCAGCGGGGAGCCCUGCCCGGGCGGCCGGGAGGCAGGAGAGGCGGGGCCUGUGGGGGCCGAAGCCGGAACCCCGGUCCCGGGGCGCGAUUGGUCCCCGGAAGGGGCGGGUCCUCGGGAGGAGGGCCGUGCGGGGAGGACGUGAUUGGCGCCCGGGGGCGUGGAGGCUGGCGCAGUCCCGGGGUAGGCGCCGGCGGCCGCGGGUGUGUCCCGGCGGCGGGCGCGCAUCGGCCCCUGCGGCGCCAUGUCCUUCUGCAGCUUCUUCGGGGGCGAGGUCUUCCAGAACCACUUCGAGCCGGGUGUCCUGUGGCAGGUGUGGCAAUGGGCUGGGCCAUGAGUUCCUGAACGACGGCCCCAAGCGGGGGCAGUCCCGCUUCUGAAUAUUCAGCAGCUCUCUGAAGUUCAUCCCUAAAGGCAAAGACACUUCUGCCUCCCAGGCGCAGUAGGCAGGCAGCCCACACCCUUUCCAGGUGGACACCACCGUGGCCACACUCCGGUGGCCCACCUUGGAACGAACCGGAACCCCAGGCAUUCAGGUCGGCGGGUAGCUGAAACAUCAGGAAGGCUCCCAGGGCCUUGGCUCUGUGCUGGUUCUCCUUGGGAAAAGCCCUGGUCUGCCAUCAACAGCCUGUACCCUGCUGCCAGAAUGGGCCUGGAGGACCCAGCUGUCGGCUCAUCUUAGCGUCCUGCUCACACGGGUCUCCAGGGGGUGGGCUCUAGGCCCAGCCAUCUUAAGUCCACUGCCCCCUCCCUGCUUGUCUGGAUUUACCCCUGUGGGGCGCAGUACUAAGGUGGGCCCCAGCCCUUGCCAAAGCUCAUGUCCAUCUUCUCCAGGCUGCACUAGGAGGCAGAAUAAUACAAGGGGGCCCAGCCAGCCACUCCAGCCCCGGUCACUAUAUGAUUCACUCUGGUUAAACCCUUCUAGGCAACCAGAGUGGUGAUAACCUGUGACCCACUUGGAGGGCAGGCCAGGGUCACACAGCCCUGGUUUCUCAGUUACGUGACAUCCUGAACCUGUUUCACAACCUAUGCGGGUGCAGCUUGCCUCACUUGGGCUUAAGAAAGCAGCUCUUACUCCAUUACCUUGACUGUACCAGGCUGGGGAGCUCAGAGCCCCCAGCCUACAGGGCACACCAUCCCGGAACUCAGAGACAUGCCUUACUGCGUAUGCUCAGAAGCUCUCCCGGAAGGGCGGUUGAUGCUGAAGCCCUCCCAUCUUGAGCCCUCUCUGGAGCAAUCAGAUCAAUAAAUGGAUGAAACCCA